AUGGGAGUGAGUGAGAGAGGGACCCGUAUUAUACAAAGCUACCAUGGCUUCAACCUUAUCGUGGAGCUCCUCCUGCUGCUCGCUGCCGCAUCGGCUCGUCGGUCUCGCCACAAACGAAAGGCCGAAGAAAGCUGCCGGGGUUAUGCCCAUCCUCGCUCAGAAGAAAGCCCAGAAGUUGCGAAAGAUCAUUCUCAAGGAGGACGUGGCGGAUCUGGGGAAGAAGGGGGCGCUCAUCGAUGUGAAGGCUGGUUAUUACCGCAAUUUCUUGUUGCCUACGGGCAAGGCUCAGAUCGUCACGACGCUGUUGCUCAAGGAAAUGCGGAUUGAGGAGGAGAGAAUUGAGGCUGAGAAACGACGGGUAAAAGAAGAAGCCCAACAACUCGCGCAGAUUUUCCAGACCAUUGGAGCAUUCAAGGUGAAACGCAAAGGUGGAAAGAAUAAACAAAUAUUUGGAACUGUUACUGCCCAAGAUCUAGUCGACAUCAUUAAGGCACAAAUGAAUCGGGAUGUCGACAAAAGGAUUGUUACUCUUCCUGAGAUUCGCGAGACCGGUGAGUACACAGCUGAGCUUAAGCUUCAUCCGGAAGUUACAGCCCUAGUGAGAUUGAAUGUAUUUGCAAAUUAGCUUUCUCAUUUUAAGGCGUCCUUGAAUCUUGAUAGCUGCGGGAAGCAAUUUGUGCCCUCGAAAAUGUUGGUAAAAAUUCUUGUAAGAUUCGUGACACUUCUCAUUGAUAAGGUCGAGUUCGCAUGUAAAUUGUCUUCAGCUUACACCUUCUGUACGUUACGCUGGAUACAGUGGUCUGUAGAAAGCGCAACAUCAUUGACAUAAUGUUGAGUUAAUCUUCAACAUUUUUUUUUAGGGUAAAAUUCAAGAGUGUCAUUUCCUUAUUUGUGCAUGAGAUUUGCACGUACAUUUGAUAUCGUGUUUGGUCAUUCUGAAUGUUAACUGAAUCUUAAUAUCGCGGUUUUA